AUGGCGGCGGCGGCUGGGGUGCGGAGCCGCCGGAGGGGGAGGGAGAAGGAGAGUCUGGCUCCCGGGCUCCAGCAGCCGCAGCCGCGCGGGAUCCGUGGCAGCAGCGCAGCCAGGCCCUCGGGCCGCAGGCGGGACCCGGCGGGGCGUACCGCAGACACCGGCUUCAACGUCUUCACCCAGCACGAUGACUUUGCCAGCUGUGUGGAGGAUGGAGUUGAGGGAGACAAGACUGGAGGCAGUGGUCCAGAAGUUUUGCACCGCCCCUAUGGCUGUGAUGCUGAAUCUCAGGCACUGAAUGAAGCCAUCAGGUGGAGCUCCAAGGAGAACUUGCUGGGAGCCACUGAGAGUGACCCUAAUCUCUUUGUUGCACUUUAUGACUUCGUGGCAAGUGGUGAUAACACACUCAGUAUCACUAAAGGUGAAAAACUACGAGUCCUUGGUUACAACCAGAAUGGAGAGUGGAGUGAAGUUCGUUCCAAGAAUGGACAGGGUUGGGUUCCAAGCAACUACAUUACUCCAGUGAACAGCCUGGAGAAGCAUUCCUGGUACCAUGGACCCGUGUCCCGCAGCGCGGCGGAAUAUCUCCUCAGCAGCCUUAUCAAUGGCAGUUUCUUGGUUCGAGAGAGUGAGAGCAGCCCUGGGCAGCUGUCGAUCUCACUCAGGUAUGAGGGACGUGUAUAUCACUACAGGAUCAAUACCACCACAGACAGCAAGGUGUAUGUGACUGCUGAGAGCCGCUUUAGCACGUUGGCAGAGCUUGUUCACCACCACUCUACAGUCGCCGAUGGGCUAGUGACCACACUACACUACCCGGCACCCAAGUGUAACAAGCCAACCGUCUAUGGUGUGUCCCCUAUCCAUGACAAAUGGGAAAUGGAACGAACAGAUAUUACCAUGAAGCACAAACUUGGGGGCGGUCAGUAUGGAGAGGUUUAUGUUGGUGUCUGGAAGAAAUACAGCCUUACAGUUGCUGUGAAAACACUGAAGGAAGAUACCAUGGAGGUAGAAGAGUUCCUGAAAGAAGCAGCAGUGAUGAAGGAAAUCAAGCAUCCUAACUUAGUACAACUGUUAGGUGUGUGUACCCUGGAGCCGCCGUUCUACAUUGUGACUGAAUACAUGCCGUACGGGAAUCUGCUGGAUUAUCUCCGGGAAUGCAACCGCGAGGAGGUGACAGCAGUUGUUCUGCUUUACAUGGCGACUCAGAUCUCUUCUGCCAUGGAGUAUUUGGAGAAGAAGAACUUCAUUCAUAGAGAUCUUGCUGCACGGAACUGCUUAGUGGGCGAAAACCAUGUGGUGAAGGUUGCUGACUUUGGUUUAAGUAGACUGAUGACCGGAGACACCUACACUGCUCACGCUGGAGCCAAAUUCCCUAUUAAAUGGACGGCACCUGAGAGUCUGGCCUAUAAUACCUUUUCAAUCAAAUCUGACGUCUGGGCUUUUGGAGUACUGUUGUGGGAAAUUGCUACAUAUGGGAUGUCACCAUAUCCAGGUAUUGACCUAUCUCAAGUCUAUGACCUACUGGAGAAAGGAUAUCGAAUGGAACAGCCUGAGGGAUGCCCCCCUAAAGUAUAUGAACUUAUGAGAGCAUGCUGGAAGUGGAGCCCUGCCGACAGGCCCUCUUUUGCUGAAACCCAUCAAGCUUUUGAAACAAUGUUCCAUGACUCCAGCAUCUCUGAAGAGGUAGCUGAGGAGCUUGGGAGAGCUGCCUCCUCCUCAUCUGUGGUUCCAUACCUGCCUCGAUUACCUCUACUUCCUUCUAAGACUCGGACUCUGAAGAAGCAGGGGGAGAACAAAGAGAACUUAGAUGGGGGCCUUGAUGCCUCUGAGAGCCUGGCCUCCAGCUCAGCACCAGGGUUUAUUAGAAGUGCACAGGCCUCCAGCGGGUCCCCAGCUCUGCCUCGAAAACAAAGAGAUAAGUCACCUAGCAGCCUCUUAGAAGAUGCCAAAGAGACAUGCUUCACCAGGGAUAGGAAAGGAGGCUUCUUCAGCUCCUUCAUGAAAAAGAGAAAUGCUCCCACGCCCCCUAAGCGCAGCAGUUCCUUUCGCGAAAUGGAAAACCAGCCACACAAGAAAUAUGAACUCACGGGGCUUCCAGAGCAGGAUAGGAUGGCAAUGACCCUUCCCAGGAACUGCCAGAGGUCCAAACUCCAGCUGGAAAGGACAGUGUCCACCUCUUCUCAGCAAGAAGAGAAUGUGGACAGGGCUAAUGACAUGCUUCCAAAAAAAUCUGAGGAAGGUGCCGCUCCAGCCAGGGAGAGACCAAAAGCCAAACUAUUGCCCAGAGGAGCCACAGCUCUUCCCCUGAGAGCCCCUGAUCCAGCCAUCACAGAGAGUGACUCUCCAGGGCUAGGGGUGGCUGGAGUGGCAGCUGCCCCCAAAAGCAAGGAAAGAAAUGGUGGGACGCGACUUGGAGUCGCUGGAGUCCCAGAGGAUGGAGAGCAGCCAGGCUGGUCUUCUCCGGCUAAGGCUGUAGCUGUCCUCCCAACCACCCACAACCACAAAGUGCCAGUCCUUAUAUCACCCACUCUGAAACACACUCCAGCUGAUGUGCAGCUCAUUGGCACAGACUCUCAGGGGAAUAAAUUCAAGCUCUUAUCUGAGCAUCAGGUCACAUCCUCUGGAGACAAGGACCGACCCCGACGGGUAAAACCAAAGUGUGCCCCACCCCCACCACCAGUGAUGAGACUACUGCAGCAUCCAUCCACAUGCUCAGACCCCGAGGAAGAGCCCGCUGCCCCAUCUGCAGGACAGCCCACUCCAGAAACCCAGGAAGGAGGAAAAAAGGCAGCUCCAGGGCCCGUGCCCAGUAGUGGGAAACCUGGGAGGCCAGUGAUGCCUCCACCUCAAGUGCCUUUGCCCACAUCUUCCAUCUCGCCAGCCAAAAUGGCCAAUGGCACAGCAGGUACUAAGGUGGCCCUGAGAAAAACCAAACAGGCAGCGGAGAAAAUCUCAGCUGACAAAAUCAGCAAAGAGGCCCUGCUGGAGUGUGCCGACCUACUGUCCAGUGCAAUCACAGAACCUGUGCCCAAUAGUCAACUGGUGGACACUGGGCACCAGCUGCUGGACUACUGCUCAGGGUACGUGGACUGCAUCCCUCAGACUCGCAACAAAUUUGCCUUCCGAGAGGCUGUGAGCAAACUGGAACUUAGCCUACAGGAGCUGCAGGUGUCUUCCACAGCUGCUGGUGUGCCUGGGACAAACCCUGUCCUUAAUAACUUAUUGUCGUGUGUACAGGAAAUUAGUGAUGUGGUGCAGAGGUAGCCAUUGUCAGCCUGGUGGGAAAUGCACACAUAUCUGAGGGGAGAGGGAAAGGGACUCGUUUUCCUGUGUUUUUGUUUUUAAAAAGUGACAGACUGAUACUUGAGUGUGUUUAUGUGAAGUACCUCAGAUCCCUGAAUUCUCACGUUUACAGGUUCAUCUCAUAAUAGCAAAAAGGAAGUCACAUAAGUAGAUAAGUCAGUUUGGUGGAGCAGGGCAGUGUGGACAGAGUUGGAACCUGUGCUGGAAAGUAAGGGAGCAUAUGUCAUACAAAAGUACAGCCCCUCCCUAGCCGGAAUAACCUGUGCGCUCCAUUGGGCUGCUGUCAGUUGUUCUGUAUCAUGAAACAGGCCUUGACCUGGCAUGUCCUGGGGUGGUUGUGCUUCAGCUUACCGUGCAAAUUCAGGAACAGGAGAAAGCCAAGUGAGGGAUGUAGCACAGCUAUCAGAAGUGGCUCCUAUGGGUCAUUGCUGCUGUAGUAAGAACUGCAAAUUAGAUUGCUAGAACACUCAGCUGGGAAACGUGGCCCUCUGUCUGCUUUUGCCCUGUUUACCUUGGGUGUAUUAACUGGUACAAGAAGUACAGAAUUUGAGGAACAUUUAGGCAGACUGACACCUAAAACUGAUGACUAGCAAUCACCCCUUCCACUCUUCUAGCAUGUUACUUCCUAAUGGACCAGUAUUCACUUGCUGCUUCUUGGUGGCUAUCUGUAAACCACGGACAUGGAGGGGAGGCGGGUCUUAGUGGUUCUUCUCUGUCUCUUGCUGGGCAGGCUGUCUUUCUUCAUUUCUGGCAGCAUUCAGGGCAUUACCCAGCAUUGAUGUCAAAAAUAGUGGUCAUUAGAGGUUCUCAUAGAGGAGACCGUCUAUGCCCUGAACACUGAGCAGCUGUAUAUGUUCUUUUUAAUUAAAGUACUAAGGAGUUACAGUACCUUCUUUAUGCUGGCUGGGCCCAGAGCCUGAGACUGAGAAGAGACCCUUGCUGGAUCACGUGGUUUUCAUACCUUUCCCUGCCCGUGACACCCUGCACUAUUCCGGUAGACAGUGGAGAAGGCCUCUUCACUAAGGCCUGCCUCCCUCCGCAGUCUUCCAUGCUCUUUCUCUGCUCACAUAGCACGCCACCCCCUCGUCGCACUUGAUGGAAUUUGUGUUGGGAAUAUGGUUUAUUUAUUUUGUUCUUUCACCUCUAUUUUAAGAGUGCAUUAUAGGAGUGGGUUAUUUUCAGGGAGCACCAAUUAGACUUAGAAACCGAAGGGUUUAACCUGCAAAUAGGAUUUGCCUUUGAAAAAUAGGCAUUUCCGGUCCCUAAAUUACAGUUAUGGAAGCUAAUAGGGUAACAUGGAUUAAAAACUUAGUAGGCAACAUAUUGUUGAUGUUUUUGGUGCUGGGUCUAAUUCCAGUUUUGUUUUGUUUUAUGUUGUUUUGUUUUCUAACUUUGUGAACACCCCUAUCAUUCCCCAAAGAGAACCCAGUACAAAAUAUCUUUUUUUUUUCUUCUCUCAGAGUAUUAAUGUAGGAAGAUGGGAAUUCAGCACUAAGCAGUGUUUUCUUCCUGAUUGUCAUCGAUCCACUGUCAGGUCGCUGCCCCAUCUUUGGAUCUAUUAAUUGAAGGCACUAGCCCAGAUUCUCAAGAGUGUUUUGCAGACUAAUAUGCAGCUCCCUUUGAGAGCCUUUCUGGAGAGCUCUUUACUUAGUGUUGGUACAUUGGGUCGCUCGCUUUUCAUUCUCUCCGCUGAUUCCCAAAUGAGAAACUUUAGAACUGCUAUGCUUACAGUAAUCGGGCCAGAAUCCUAAAGGGAAACUAUUUCAGGUUGCAUUUGGCAUCCUUGACCAAGGAAGAAAUGUAGUUUCAUUAGAAAGGAUAUUUGGAUACUUAUCACUGCUGCUCCAGAAAAGGCUCAGGGUAAGAGGAGGUCUGCAGCGGAGGAGACAGCUCCUACAGGUGUCAGUGUGUUCCCACGGCUGCAGUCUAGGUAGCUAGGGAUCAGGUUAAUGCCCUUGUAGUAGUUGGAAGAAAAUUUUCCCACCUCCUUCUUCACCGCUCCCCAUGAUUGUAUGCACCCGUAUACUUGAAUCUGUUUUAGCAGUUAGCCUCGUAUAAAUGGGGAGGAGAAACCUAAAAUUUGAGGCCAUUAUUAAUGCUGCUUUUAAAGUUUAUCCCUGCCAUAAUGGGAUGUCAUAAGAGAUCGUUGUUUUCAGGUUUGGGUCUUGUUUUGUUUGUUUGUUUGUUUGUUUGUUUGUUGGAUGGUUGGUUUUCCCUUCAGAGUUCUGAAAACAGGCUUGAAGGAACACUACUGAGUGUCUCAGCUCCCUGCUCUUCUCAGUCUGAGGGGCUGAGUCAAGGCCCAGUUUUGCUAAGGGCAGCACCAAUUCUGUCCUGCAGAGUGGGUCAUCGCUAAGUCCACGAGCUGAACUGACUUUCUCGGCACUGCCAUGAGUAGUAUUGAGUGUUGUAGCAUACGCCCCAUGAUGCGUGAACUGCGUAGCUUUCAGGGACUAGGCCUCAGUUCAGAGGCACUGUCAACUUGCUAUGAAAGAAUGAUUUAGGUUUUUCCUUUUAUAUACCUGCAAGGGACCAGCUUAAAAACAGCAGAUUUGAAGGUUUGAAUCUAAAGCAGAGAAAACUGCUUUUAGAAAUUAAAAACGUUACUUAACUUUAUGUAGCCUGAAAACAGCAGAUGGCAGGUCCUAAAGCCAUUUGAUCUAUGCAUGUCUUGCCCCAACUUCAUUCCUUUAUGUACAAGCCUUGUGGUUUCAGUUGGGUACCCACCUUCACGUGUUGCAUUUUGUAGUGAAUAUAUCCUAAUUAUGCUUACAGGAAGCUUUUUUUUUUAAGCUUUGACUUCAAUUAUAUUUCACAUUUUCAGGCGUUUCCUAUCAUUACGUUCAGAGAGAAAAACCUUAAAAUGGGCUUUUCUUAAAAGAUGUGUUUUGUAGUAAAUUGAACUGAAUUGAACAUGGUACACCAAACUAGAUCUCUCUAGGGAGAAACUGAUUGGGUCAUUUCAGGGUGGCCUCUGUGUAAGGUCAUAGUGGAGAUUAGUUUCCGGCAGCAUUGUCAGGUUUCAGUUAGAAAUGUUCUAAUACUUGGUUGACACUGACUGAUUAAACUGUUUCUUGGCAUAAUGAAGACUGGGUUUUUGAGUUUAGGGGAUCCAGCAACGUCAGUAGUGUGAGGUGAUGUUUGUAGACUAGGCAGCUCAGGUGCCCAGUACACACUGAGCACUCGAUGAAUGUUAACUGCGAGUGUUCACUCCUAACCCAGGAGCAUGCAAUAGUCCUGUAGAGGUUUUUAAAGGAAAUGUCAUGAACUCUCCCCACUCUACAUUGGAAUUCCUGGUGGGCUGAGAGAGUAGCUAGUAUGUUUCCCAAGAACUUCUCCAGGUUUCAAACCCCACUGUCUGAACAUAACACUCUCUUGCCCUUUUCUUUGCAGAAGAAGGGACUGGAGAGGACGGCUGUCACUAGUCCAUUGUCUUGGAGCAGUUAGUGACAGAGCUGAGGGGAGAAUUCAGGAGUCCUGACACUGGCGUUUCUCCACCGCACCUGCUGCCUUGUGAGGUGCUCAGCUAGACAAUCAGUAUCCAUGGCACUGCACACUUGUAAAGCACAGGCUCUGGUGGGCUCUGGCAGUGAUAGUGUAGCCAAACAAGCCUUUUGUAGAAUUUGGUUAUGAAGCCAACAAAGCCCUGUUCUUCUAGACCUCAGCCACACAGAAAGCUGUACUUCAUAGUUAAAAAUAUCUAACCUGAGUUAUUUCAAAACAAAAAAGAACAAAACCAGUUCUCAUUCCUUUUUGUUCAAAAAGAAAUCUGUUGUGUCAUUUUAAUGACUGUGGCAUAGUCGGGAAGCACCUUGAAGUAAAUGCAAUCCAACUAUAAAGCUGGAUUGUGAGUAUCUGUAGAGGAUGGCCUGACCUGGACCUGCAGCUAGACUCACCCCUGGAGUUCGCUACAGAAUUACAUAUGAAACUGCUAAUAGUUCAGAGCUGGGAACUUCAGCAAGCUUGGGGACCAGUUUUUUGGUUUUGUUCUCAUCGUUAAGAACUAGUAAAGUAGUGGCAUGUAAUCCUAGCAGUGAAGGAGCUGAGGCAAGAGAAUCUCCAGUUCUAGAUCAGCCUGGGCUACAGAAUAAGACUCAAGGGGGCGGGGAGGUUAGUCCCUCUGGAGCCCAGCAGUUUGUCUGGGCCUGGAUUGGAAGAUGAAGGCCCUCUUUCUUUAGAGCAGUCAUCUAGUAUAUACUCAGCUCUUAUGUCCUUGCUAUGGUGAGAGCAGACUCAUUUCCUAUUCAUGUUGACAGUAUCUUUUAAAACUAAUAUCUUGGCGGUGGGAGGUAGAGAACUGAUGUACUUGGAGAAUUUCCAGAAUUUCUCUACCAGUUAUAAAUGACAUUGACAUUAAUCAUCUAUCCUUAAAAGAAAGGUAGCUGAGCUUACCUGCCCUAUUAGAUAAUCGUAUACGCAGGUGAAUCAUGUGGAGGCAGGCAGCUUACAUCUAGCUGCGCUCUAACUCUAACCUCCCUGUAUUUGUAGUAAAUCCUGUGGAGGUGACUUUUCUGACCUCCCCAUAUUUGUCUAUCUUUGCUAGUGCUAUCAUUGUCAUCAUUAGGCUGUGUCUUCAGGGGAGUCGGUAUUGGGUUGACAGAGUCUUUAUUUCUGUUGUUAGUGAUCUGUUUCAUCAUCUUGCAUGCAUUAACUUUCUUCACCCGGAUCUGGGAUCCAUCUUUACACCCUCAACGUCUGCUGUGGUCAGUAACUGUUAUAUCCACUGUCAGCUGCCUUAACUUCGUCCAGGUCUUUGAAAAUUCCUGUUUGAGUUUUGUAGGCAUGCAGGAGCCCAGAGCAAGUCAGUUCCAAGGAGAUCUGUGUACAGACUGGCCAAGGCAGCCCAAGGGUGCCCAUGGCUCCCAUGCUGCUAGGAUUGCCUCCCAGGUAGAGAGGCGUGGCUUUGGGAUGCUUCUAAAACUUGGCCCACUCCUAAUGUCUUGUGCAUAGAGUUCCAUUUUUCCAACUUAGGGGUCAGUAGUUACAGGGAGUACUGGUUGCUGUCACCUGCACUACUAGUCAGCACAGCACAGUGCCCCAACUUCACUGCUGUUGCCUGUGAUCCUGCUACUGAGGAGGCUGACUUGGCUCAGCCUGCUCAAGAGCAUUGGAAGCUGAUUGUUGUGUCCAGCUUGUCUUUGUAAGGCUGCUGAUUUCCAUGCCAUGUGUGUGUCCGUCUUGACUCUGUUCCAUGAUAACUCUUUCGUUUUUGGACUAGCUCCCCACAUGACCCGGGAGACCAUGUGCUGUGCCCUAGAUAAGAUCUGGGGCAGUUUAUCUUGAUUAGAAGCUGACCGAGUGGCAGAGGCCAUGCUCAGAGGUCUGUGCCUUUAAGGAUGGCUUCCUGAGUAUUGCUGGGAGAAACACUUGACUGCUGAACUGUGUAUUAGAUCUUAAAACAAACUUCAUCACGACUCAAAGAUCCCUCCUCCCCAGUCAAAAUGCCAGCUGGCAAACUGCUGCCUCACCUUUCUCAGCUCUGUGUGAUGAGCUGAGGGAAGGAGGCUCCUUCUAGACCCACCCUCCCUCCACACACACCUCCUUGCUCUAUGCUACCUGUAUAUCAAGACUCCUAGAUAAUAAUAUUCUCUAUUUCCCUGGUGCUGCAAAACCUGAACACAAUAGUGGAACUCGAUUAGCCAGAGAGGACGGGUGGUGCACUGAGUAGGUCUGCAAACCUGCCCCUCCAAGGGGAGGUAUGGUCACUUACCUUCAGUGGGUCCUCUGCUCUUCCCAGGGUACAGGCCCUAAUCCUUUAGGACAUGGGGGAGGCAUUGUGAAAUGCCAACAAGUUAGUAAAAGGAGAUGCAGAGAGUUUUGUGGGUGGAACUUGUUUGCCUUGUUUUUGUGGCCCUGAAUAGGAGUUGAACACCCUAUUUCAUGUUUUUAGGGACCAUACAAUUUAGUGGCGAGUGGGACUUAAAAAUUUCACAUUCAUAGGUUCUUAAUUUUCAUCAGUUGUAAGUUCUUUGUUAAAUCAGGGCUGUGAUGCUUCAGGGUCCUUAGUUCCCUACAUUAUGCUUGGUAUUCUUAAGACCCAUGCUGUAUGUAUUGUGAAUAGCAAGAAUGCUGAUGGUCGGGGCCACAUGAACAGCAUUCUUCAUCUGACGGCCAGCUUCCACUAUACCACUAACACUCCAUCAUGUGAAGCCUUUCUUUGCUGAGACCUGAAGAAAGGACCUUCAGGAAAAUGAGUAUUCAGAAACUAAAGAGAAGGGCAGGUACUCUCCAUACAGCUCCUGCUUCCCUCUCUCUGAGGGCAGAAACAGUGGUGAGCGCGCUGCCCUGAUCAGCUCCUUGAGCACACUGCACUCCGAAGCCUUCCUCGUAACCCUGCACUUUCUCUCCCUCACAAUCAGAUUCUAUAGUGACUAUCUGUGGAGAAAACCGAUUUUGUGCUUGCUUGGUUAAAGUAAAUUUGAACAUUUUAUGGUGGUUGAUAGAACUUUGUCCUAAAUUUUGCUGAUUCAGAUUCUUUAAAACCCUGAUGUUUAUACCAAAGGUUACACUGCAGGCCUGAGUGGUGCACAGAGGGCGAAGCCCACAGUGGGCACUGUGUGCAUUGCUAAAGGGACACAGUGCCCAGUGAGACCAUGUGGGAUUUAGCUAAAACAUGUCAGUCAUGGGUCACACUACCACUGUUGUCAAGUAUUUGUUCUUAAUUGUUACUGUAAUAUAUUUUCGAUUGUUUUUCUAAUUUAAUUCUCUCACUCUGUUGUCUGACUGUGAACUGCUAACAGUGUUAAAACUUGAUGUAAAUAAAUGAUGCCCUUGGCAGGGACUGCUUCCUGUCGUAUCUCA